UCUGUCAGUUUUUACCAAUCUCUCUCUGGAGCGCGACUUAAUUUCACCCACCUCCGGAUACAGCGAUCUACUUUGGGGACUAAUAAUCACAUUUUCGGCAAACAUUUGUCUCCUCAAACCCUCAACUAUUUGCACCAAUCUUCUUCAUAAUCCAGGGCCAAAGAGGCCUGACGGAGUCUGGAGGAUGAAGUCAAAGGGGAAGGGGGUGAAGCACACUCGUCAGACCUGGGUUGAACCGGAGCCUGACUUCCAGCUGGAGACAGAGCCGGGGUCCAGCGAGCAGGAGGGCUCUGAGGCUUCUGUGCAGCUCGGCGGGAGGUGGAGGGGAUCGAGGGCGAACCGCGGAGCUACGCCGGCGUCCAGGCGCAGGCGGUUGCACAGCAGCACCAAGGAGCGCAACGUGCGUCGGCUGGAGAGCAACGAACGGGAGCGACAGAGGAUGCACAAACUGAACAACGCCUUCCAGGCCCUGCGCGAGGCCAUCCCUCACGUCAAGACCGACAAGAAGCUCUCCAAGAUCGAAACCCUCACUCUAGCCAAGAACUACAUAAAAUCCCUGACAACCAUCAUCCUGGGCAUGUCAGGCAGCUGCCUGCCCCAUUCGGAGAGCCAAGCUCAGGCUAGCGCCUCCAAGCUGCUACAGUGCUACCAGCAGCACCUAGAGGAGGAAGGGGAGGAGAGCUUGUCCAAGUACCUGACUCAAAUUCACAACUUCAGCCAGGGCAGUUAGCCAAAGGGGACCUUCACACUGCCAAACAUGAAUGAACAUCAGUGUGGAAAAUCAGGGCAGCAGCUUCAUUUCAGAACAGACUGAACACCACACACCAUGAUUUGUCUGCAACUGGACUGUAGAUUAAACCCUCAGCUGGAUCUUCGGUGAAUUUCCUGGGGCGUUUGGGUAUUUCAGCAGCAGUGUUGAAGGAACUUCUGGGACUUGACUGAACUCAACAGCAAAAAUCAACUUCAGGAGUUUUUGUUUUGCUGGGUUCCUGCCAUAAAAUUAUUUGCAGGAUAAUUUCACCAAGGCAAGGCUGGUUGAAGAGAUAGCGUGCUUGAACAAACCCAUCUCUUGUUCAUACUGAAUUUUAUUUCAAAUUUUGUGAUAGGAGGUAAAUUCCUUUAAAACCACUUGUAUAUAAGAAAUAAUUAUUACCAAUACAUUCAUAUUGUUUUGAACACAAUAUGGUAUUCAAUCAAUAUUUGUCCUCAACUUUGACUAAUGAGAAUU